AUGGAGUUCCUGGAGCAGAGCCAUUUAAUCUCAGACCUGCAGCACGGCUUUAGACAGAACCGCUCGUGUCUUUCCAGUUUAUUGCUCUCGACGGAGCAGUGGACUCGCGCACUGGACGAGGAUGGGAGGGUUGAUGUCAUAUACACAGACUUUAAGAAGGCGUUCGACAGCGUCCCACACAAACGCCUAAUCUACAAACUUUCUGAAAUUGAGAUAAGAGGAACGCUGCUGACAUGGAUUACAGAUUUUCUUACCGGGAGAUCUCAAACCGUGUGCAUUGAAGCCUCAAGGUCAACUCCUACUCCCGUUCUAAGUGGUGUACCCCAGGGCUCCGUCUUAGGGCCGUCGUUAUUCCUGGUGUACAUUAACGACUGCGUCGACCUGGGAUGCAGCGCCAUCAUGUUUGCUGACGAUGUUAAGCUGUGGAGACCCAUCAGAUCUGCCGCAGACUGGUACGCGCUUCAAGACAGUCUCAACCGCCUGAACAGUUGGUCAGCUCGUUGGCUCCUCAAUUUUAAUGUGGACGAAUGUGUGGUCCUGAGACUCCGUACCAAAAAGACCAGUAAGGAGGACGAUUCCUUUCAGUACGUCCUUGGUGGUCAGCCCCUUUCAAAUGUUGUGGAACCGAAAGACCUGGGCGUCCUAAUGACCACCUCGCUGAAACCAUCAUCACAGUGUCAAAGGGCAGCCAAAAGUGCGAUAAGGGUGUUAUUUGCGCUGAGGCGAGGAUUUGUGCAGAUCGACAAGGAGCUGUUCGGAAAAACCUAUGGGGCAUUCGUCUGGUCUCACUUAGAGUAUGCAGUCCAGGCCUGGCGACCGUGGUUGAAGAAAGAUUAUCAACGACUGGAAAGAGUACAGGCGAUGGCUACGAAGAUGGUCAAGAAUCUUCAUCAUUUGCCUUACGAAACCAGGCUGACCGAACUAAAUCUGUUUCUUCUAAAUUACAGGCAACUGCGCGGCGAUCUCAUUCAAACCUACAGGAUUGUCAGAAGCCGUGAGUAUGCCCUAGACUUUGAUGAAUUCUUUGAAUUGGCCCGGACUGACCGUCUGCGUGGUCAUCCGUUCAAACUGCAAAGGAAGUGGGCUCAUUCUGACGUCCGACGGAACGCCUUCUCUCACAGGGUCAUCGGGGCAUGGAAUGGACUCCCUGAUGGCGUCGUUCUUUCCGAAAGUGUCAAAUCCUUUAAGUGCAGACUAGACGCUCAUUUGUUCAGAACCUACUGUACAUAUAAUAAUGAUUGUUUUAGCGGCGGCAGUUUGCGCCUAGCUCACACUUACCGCUAACACCUUAACUUUUCGCAUUUGCUGAUGUAAUUGAUGACUUUAUUUCUGUUUAUCGAUAUGAAUAGGGAGCUCAAGGGCGAAAGCCUCAUUCCCUUAAUAAACUGACUUAAACUGACUUAAUAUCUGCAUACCUGGGAGUUCGUACACAACGCGUUAAGAUUUACAAUACUAUCUCCAACCCCACACGUGUGAGGAGUGGACUCAUUCAGGAUACUGUACUCGGCCUGCUUUUAUUUUGGCUUUUCGUUAAUGAUGUACCCGAUUUAUUUCAGAAUGGUAAGCCUUUCAUGUAUGCCGACGAUCUCAAAGUUGCAUAUCGGUAUAAGCCGGCAGAUCAUGACAUCGUGCUUUAGCUCCUAAAGAGCGAUGUAUAGGCUUUCGCCCAGUGGUGCCGCACAUGGCGCCUUUCUCUUUCUUGGCAUAAGUGCUCAGUCAUGGUGGUUGGCGACGACCGCCAACCUCAACUAAGUAUUGACGGUCACGCCAUAAAUUUGCCUGGGGUUAUUAAAGAUCUGGGCGUAUCAUACUCCAAGAGCCUCAAUCUCUCGUAGCACUGUGCCUUGAUAGUCUCCAAAGCACGUAGAACGACCGGGUUUAUCCUCCGAAACUUUAAAACUAGGAACAUUUGAAUGCGCCUGGUCUGGAAUACUUUUCGUUUUUAUUUAGCCUCAUGCGUGGUACUGAGCGGAAAAAAAUAGAAUCCGUUCAACACUUUUUUUACGAAGAGAAUUUUAACCCCGGAAGACAGACAUUUUUUCUUACCAAGAACGUUUCUGGCUUAGGGCUUUGAUCCUUUAUGGUUCCGUAGAUUACGAAAGGGACUAUUUUUGCUAUUUAAACUCUUAUAUAAUCACACAUUUAACCCACUCGCAUCUUUAAGACAUCCUACUCAUCCACGACGUAACAGUCACCGUGAAGUCUUUUUAUUUCUUCCUCUGGAACGUACUGUUAAAUAUCGUCGGUUUUUUCUGUAAAUGCAUUUGCUGUUUUUUUCCGAGUUCCUGAAGUGGACCGGCUUGUGUUGGCAAAGUUCCGAAUAAACUGUCUGCAAUAAGAAGCUAGUUGAAGGAAUCAAUGGAGUUGCUGCUGGUUUAUCGAGGUUAGCCAUGUGCGAAUUUGCUUUAGCCUAUCAUAGACGGUAGCUAUACGGCCGGAUAAGAUUUUUUGACCCGACAUAGUUAAAUAUGAGCGUAGGAAGACGAAUUUAUGGGGUGGGGGGAUUGACAUCAAGCCGGCAUUGCGGAGCGCUUUUAAAACCUCCUGUAGAUUAGGGUUGUCUUGGUCAAUUGUCUGUCCAAAUACGACAAUGUCGUCCUGACAGACAAAGCAUUUGACUUGAGUGAGGUGCCGGAACACCUGAUACAGCAACCGCUGAAAGAUUGCAGCGACAUAAGAAAGCCCGAAUAAAAGUGUCUGGAAUUCAUACAGACCUUACGGCACAGUGAACACUUCCGGGUGUAUUUCGACUUGCCAAUAUACUGACUUAAAAUAUAAAGUGGAGAACCAUGUCACCCAUCCCAGCGUGUCAAGGGUAUCGCCUAGUUGAGGUAGGGGAGGCGACUCACAGCUGGCGACGGCGUUCAGGCGGCGAUAGUCAAUACACAGUCGCAAGGAACAGUCUUUUCUGGGUGGAUGGAGCCCACCUGGAGGAAGAGGGUUGAGUAAUCUGUGCUUUUAGAAGCUCGUCCAGAAUUUUACCAUCCUCUAAGCGGUACCGAGUCACUAUGCGUCGUCGAGGUUUCCAGACGAGUUUGACAUCACCAGUGUUUAUGAUAUGUUGCACCUUUUAGGUGCGGCCGACGGAAUCGGUCGUCUAAGUAAACACAUCAUGGAGUUACCAAGAAGAUGGGAUGAAAGGUGCCACUAAAACAUGUCCUCAAAGCUAAGUGCGUGCUCAAGACCAUGCAUUAUCUUGUAGACGAGGAUAAGAUCACCUCUUUGCUGUCUGUAACACAGAGGGAAUAAAUUAAGGCAAUUCAGUCUGUCUGUGUAGGAUAGGCAUUUUAGACCGUUUACCAGCUUUGUUGCAUCGUUGUACCCGCUUGAGGCAUGCUUGGUCCCUCAUUAACCAUGGCGCCAUGCUUGUAGUCCAUAUUCUAAGUGGGGCCGAACAAAAGUGCCGUAAACUCUCCCAAAAAGGUCUUGGUCAAAAUUCACGAAAGCACUUUUGAUUGCAUGCAGCACUCCCAUGGCGUUUUUUGCAGCCUUGUGGCACUGCAGCGUUGGUUUCAGGUUGUUCUGUAUCCAAACCCCGAGAUCCUUCUGUGAAGAUUCUGCGGGGAGCCUUAUAUCUUUCAGGUGAUAUGUCCUCAGGGUCUCAUUUGAAUGAGAGUUUGUUGGACGCAGAUGAAGGACGGCACACUUCUCCAGAUUGAAAUCUAGAAGCCGUUUCUCCGACCACGCUUGCAGUCGGUGCAGAUUAUCUUGAAGGGAUCUCUGAUCAUUCGGUCCCUUAAUGACUUGCCAGAGUUUAACAUCGUCUGCAAACAUUAUUUUGCUGCAGUCGAGUUCCUGAAGGCUGUCGUUAACGUAAAGGAUGAAGAGCACUGGUCCCAGAACUGAGCCUUGUGGCACACCACUGGUCACGUUCACCCAUUCUGACAUAUCAUCUCCGAUAGAGACAUGUUGUUUCCGACCAACCAGAAACGCCCUAAUCCAGUUCAGAAGAUCUCCCCGGAUGCCGAUGGCGCUCAAUUUGUGAAGAAGACGUUGGUGCGGGACAGUGUCAAAAGCUUUGCGGAAAUCGAUGUACACGACUUCGACCUCAAAACCCUCUUCUAG